UGUCAGAGCCCAGUUACCGCCCGUCCCGGGCUGAGGUUGACGCGUGUGAGGGUGUAACUAAAAUAAAUCGAUAAAUGGAUUGAUGUAUGACCGUUAUUUCUAUUAUAUGUAAAAUAUAUUAUUAUAAAUGCGAUAUACAGUGUUGAAACGUUGCAAACUACGGACUAUCGCGCGAAAUUUCUCGAGUUAAUAUGUCGUGUAAUUAAUUUCGAAUUGAAUUGUGUGAUUUAACUAGUGUUCGUUUGAUUUAAAGAUAACCUCCUUGUGCCUCGAAGCGCGCGAAUGUCAAACGUCAAAGUGUCAACAAGCCAUAGACAAAAUGUGUCAUAGAUUAAAAUAGAUUUAAAGGGGUAGCAAGAAGCUUUCUAUAAUGGCUACGCCUCCGGAAUCACCCGUGGAAGAACAUGCGUAUGAAUUGGAACCGAACCGACCCCCAAAGCCAAUACCUGUGGCCUUAGAAGAAUUGUGUAGGCAGACUAAGUUCUCCAAACAAGAAAUUAGAGUUAUGUAUAGAGGAUUCAAGACGGAAUGUCCUGACGGCGUGGUGCACGAAGAAUCUUUUAAGGAUAUUUAUGCGAAAUUUUUUCCUCAUGGCAAUUCUGCGCUGUACGCCCAUUAUGUUUUCAAGGCAUUCGAUGUCAACUGCAGUGGUGCAAUAAGCUUUCGGGAACUCCUAGUAACCCUAUCGACGCUGCUCCGUGGUUCGGUAUACGAGCGACUCCGUUGGGCAUUUCGCCUCUACGACGUGGAUGGUGAUGGUGCAAUCACGCGACAGGAGCUGAGCGAGGUGGUGGUUGCUGUACACGAGCUGUUGGGCCGACGGGCGCCACCUGGAUCACCGGCUUCGAGGAUAGAUGACGCUAAAGCUGCUGAACAGGUCGACCGCGUGUUCAGGAAGCUAGACCUAAACCAGGAUGGAGUCAUCACCAUCGAGGAGUUCUUAGAGUCGUGUCUGAAGGAUGACGUCAUCACUCGGUCGCUACAGAUGUUUGACACGGGGCUAUGACGUCAAAGUGACACACCGCCGCCUAGCACUAGCAGAUUGGUGCGUCACUGCGAGUGCAAGCACGGAUGGCUACACAACAUGGCGGCCGCAUACCGUCUACGCAUCACACAGUACGCGCAGUACAUCGCUACAAUAGAACGCUUCUAUGUUCGUGUUCUACGUCCAAACAUUCGUUCUGUACUCGUUUUACACUUCUAGAUUUGUCUAUUCUCUUUUCACCACAGAUUAAUACAACUUAUAAUUUUAUACGACCACAGAGAUUUGUUAGAUUGAGUUAGAUUAUUAAAAAUAUUUCUAGGAUGUUUCAAAGUAGAUUGAUUCACUUUAUAUAAUAUUGUUAUAUACAAAAGCUUCUAUAUACUUAUCGAAACGCCUUAUCAGCGCAUUUAUGACAAGUUACAUAAUUGUCUAUGUAUCGUAUAGAAAUCGUUCGGAAACGUAAAUUUUAAAAAUUAAGUCACCACCGACAACCUUCGGGCUCCAUCAGAAGUAAUAAUGAUGAUGAUUACUUCAUAAGUCAAAGCUGAGAACCAUCGCCAUACCAACAAAAACGCGUCAUAAUUAAUCUAAUCAUAGCAGCUAUGAUGCCACACAAUCGUACUAAUAUGCCUGCGUCGGCUCUUAGAAAUAAUAGAAUAACACAUAACAUAUUUUAUACAUAGACCCCCUUAUAGCCUAUCAACCGCGAUCGGGCAGAUCUGUGGCUGAGAAGUUACCAGCAGCUAUCGUCCCCUUUUCUAGGAAGGGACAUUAUGUAUGGUAGAUCUGGUUGACGUCACCCGACAAGCGACGACUACUCGGGAAAUAUCCUCAUGAUAGCGAGUCGGAAAUCGCUAACAGACUAUUUACAACAUAAAUUAAUAUUCCCUUAAGUAAGUUAAUAUAUACAUCAAGCGAGUGUCAUUAACAAUUGUAUGAUGUAGUAUGUGCGUAUUGCCAAAUUAUUGCCUUGUAAAAAAAUUUUGAUGAACACCGUAAUUUUAAAACGUUCUGAAAUCUUGCGAAUAACUUAGACGUUGUUAAGUUAUUUGUAAUGUAAUUAUAAGAAUUAGGAUGUUCGUUGUAUGUGGAGUUUUCUAAAUAAUAAAAACUUCACAGACCGGUAUUUUUAGAUUAGUAUAGUGAGAUAACUUGUCAAAAAUUUUCGCGCGUUUUUUUGCGAUAGACAACAACGUUAUGAUAGUCUGUGUUAGUGAAUUUAAAAUUAAAUCAUACUCGUUUACAUCCAAGCAUUGGUUUACAAAAAAAGAUUAUAUAUAAAUUAUAAAACAACAUUGCUGGUUAAAAUUCGAAGCGCAUUUUAGAAUAGUCCUUGUUUAAUUCCGAGAAACAGGGUAUUUUUUUGAAAAUUGUCAAAUUGAAAUUUUGUAUGCGUUUUCAAAUUUUCCGACUUUCAGCUUACGUCCGACCUACCUCAAAGUCACCUACUUACACUUGAUUCCUACAUUCAUUACCGCUAAGACGCUAAAACUACGAAAAUCUAGCUAUAAAGAAAACAGUAAUGAUCCACAAACAAUUGUAUAGCGAGUCAACAAAAAACACAAUGAAAUGGUGGACUUCAUUCUGCUUUUUCUGUUCCGUGUAAUAACACCACAGAUUAUAUUGUUAAUAUCAUAAGCUUGUCUGCCAUCUCAUUGUAAUCUGUCUAUUUUCAUCACACUGUAAACACAAUUGUAUAGAAAGAGACGAAAGUAUACUUUAGACUUAAUUUGUAUGAAAACAACAGAGCGUGUCGACAAAUUUUCAAACAAAAUUAGUUUUUGACUUUGUACAUACACUACUGUUAAGGCGUCUUGUCAAGCCCUCAGGUUGGUUUAUUUUUCAUCUCAUACGGUAAUAUUUUAUUAAAAAUACUUGUCUUAUAAGCAGAUUAUAUUAUAGCCCCAAUGCCACUAUUAGAAAUCUUAUAUCAAUAUUAAUUUAAAUACAAAAAUUUAUGAGUAUUGGACGACGAAAUCACCGGAUCAGAUAUGUUUGUGGCACUUUAAAUUUUCGACUAUAAAUAUGUUAAAUUUUCAGAAAACAAUGUUAUGUUUUAAAGUUUUAUCUACUAAAUUUAUGUUCCUGUAAGUUAAGCUAUUUUUGUAGAAUUUUGUUGAUAUCUUCGCAAAGUUUAUUGUAGUUUUGUAAGCAUUUGAGUGAGAUACAUACAUAGAUUAGGGUGAGAGUCAGAAACGAGACUUGGCGCGAAAAACUCACGUAUUUUAAAAUAUGAUAUACGCAAGCAUGACAGCAAAACUGUGGUGAAAAAUGACUCAGUGGAUAUUUUCAACAAUAGAAAGAGACAGAGCGAGAGUGAAAGCUUCCUAUUUUCAUUUCCACAUUACGAAGUUUCACUUCUUCCGCGCGGAGGGACUCCACGCACUAAUCUUUUCACUCACGGACGUGAUAAAGUCAGAAUAAGUGCUUAGUCUCGUUUUUAACUCUCCCCCUAAAGCCUAAAGCUUAAUUUCCAUAAAAUUUGUCAAGUUGACAAGCUGCUUGAGCACUGUCAAAAUGUUAA